CCAUAAGGCACAACCUAUCGUUGCACACGAAAUUCAUGAGGGUCCAAAACGAAGGAACCGGAAAGAGCUCUUGGUGGAUGAUCAAUCGUGACGCGAAGCCUGGCAAGUCGUCACGUCGAAGGGCAAUGACGAUGGAGCCUGGAAAAUUGGAGAAACGACGCUGUCGCGUGCGAAAGAAGAUCGAGGCGUUAAGAAAUGGCGGCUUGCAAACCGACGCGAUACCAAGUCCCAGUAACAGCGUCAACGAGGGGCUCGAUCAGUUCCCGGAGAGUCCUCUUCUACCCGGAAGUGGAUUUCAACUUUCCCCCGACUUUCGUCCGCGAACUUCAAGCAAUGCCUCAUCCUGUGGUCGAUUAAGUCCAAUCCCAGCGAUCCCUGGGAAACCGGAAUGGACACCAACAUACACACCCUCUUAUACUACAGACCAAUUAGCCGCUGGCCUCGCGGAAACGAUGAAAUUGGACUCCUAUCAAAUAUAUCAGACAUCGCUGACGAGCCACCAGCAACAAACAGGACCGCCACCCUCUUAUUACGACACCCAGUAUCAGAGGAGCAACCGCCUUACCACGGGAUCGUCAUCCUUUGCUUUGCAGCCGACACCUCAACCCGCGAAUCAGCAGAGAUGCCCGAUUCAUGGUCUCCAACCAUGCGCUUGUCAAAUGAAUUUGAGUCCAGUGGCUGGAAUGUCACCGUCCUAUCAGCAGAGUGAACCGAGUCCCACGGCGUUAGGAAACAGUCAACAGCCGACUCUUCAAUACAUAAUGCAGACGCAACAGUGCCAACAACAGCAGCAGCAACAGCAGCAACAGCAGCAGCAGCAACAGUCGCAGACAGCGCCAACCGGAUCCAGCCAACCGCAAACACCGACGCCUUGCGGCCCCCCACCCUGCGGCGCGGCGCCUUGCGGUCCCACAAGUUGCGGCCCGACACCCAGCACAAUGAUGGGCCAGCUGAUGGGCGCGCUGAACAAUUCCACGCUUCUCGACGAUUUAAAUAUUAACAUCGAAUCGCUGCACGGCGGAUUCGACUGUACCGUCGAAGAGGUGAUCAAACACGAGCUGUCGAUGGACGGAACGCUGGAUUUCAACUUCCAACAAGGCGUGAUGGACACGACUGCGAUUCAAGUGAGCGACAGAAACGUCGGUCAGAAUAGUGCCGUGUCGCAGAACAACGUCGUCGGUACGACGGCUGGAAGCGCAACCGCAGGAGUCUACGUAAGCACCAAUGCAACGACUCCUGCUGCACCUCCAUCCUGGGUUCACUAGCAGUGGGCCCCACUGCCCUCGACACCCCCGAAAUCCUUGUCAACGUCGUUAAUAGACGAACAGGAUAAUUUUCAUGGACCGUCCGAGGGACAGCUCAUCGGUGAGUCAAGCAUUAUUUGUUACCUUAAAGAAAUUUUAUGCACGUCGAUGAACAUCAGCGUGCGUGUCUAAAUAUGUAUGUAUAAGAGGACGAUGGGGAUGGGGGUUCUAAUCACCUGGUGAGGAAAUUGUGCUCGACCAUGAAACAGGUGACUGUUCUGGUCCUGGUGACUCUUCGUGAUAGAAAACGUGGCGCAUUGAAUUGAUCCGGAACCUCGAAACUAAUGAGGGACGUCAGAUUAAGAGGGAUUUCCAUUUUAUGUAUUCGUCUCAGAUCGCUUUGAAACUUUGCGUGUGGCUGGAAGAUCGAAAAAUAUUCGAUACAGAUUUUUUCAUUUUGGUCCUUUUUCGCGUUCAAGGGGUGGUUAAAUAUAAAUGAUCUGAAAUAUCUCCUCAAGCUAUGUUAGUGGCGGAGUUCCUCUAGUACCUAAAUCAUUAAAAAAAUAUAAUAUUUUAUGACUUCUAUACUGUUCUAUUUAUAAUUUAAUAAUAUUGGAAAUCAAUAUAAAGCAACAAAACAAAGAAAAUUAUAAUAGAGAAUUUAGCAAAAUUUAGAUUUUUAGUGUCCGGUAAUAGGAUACGAUAAUCUGCCGGGAACCAGGGAACAGCAAAGCUAUAAAGAAAAGUUUGUUUUAUAAAAAUCAGUGCACUAUACACAGUAUAUACAGAAUACAAAGGUAAUUUAAAAAGUGCUGACCAAAAGAUAUAAUAAUACCAUUCACACAUUUUUCCUUACAAAAAUUGAGAGGUAUACUAGUUUAUAAUUUGUACGAUACACUAACUUCUAAUUAGACGCCACAAUCAACUGAUUUUUUUAGCUGUGUGCGUGCGACUAGAACAUGACGAAAGUUGAUUUUAACACACUUUAAAGAUAUCGCUACUCUCUGGUACUAUGUAGGUGCCAUCCGGAAUCAAAUUGAUGGGAAGUUGUAGAGCCAAUAAUUUGUCAUCAUAAAAUAAUUUAUAUCUAAUCAAUCUAACAAGACCGGUCAAAUGACUUUAUUUUCCCCUUUUACGAGGUAACGUACUUGUAAUUUUUGCAUUAUAUGUAUAUGUAGUAUCCGGUUUUAGGGGAACUCCCCCUAAUAUUAGGUCAAAGAUCAUCUUGCAAAAACUCAGACUGCGAUAUUUUCUUGAAUAUUCUUUUACGAGCACGUGUUGCUUUGAAAUUUGAUAUCUUUCUUGUAUACGAAGGUAUUCAAUAAUCUGACUGUAAAUGUGCAUACCUAGUACUUUAACUUCGUUCCGAAAAUUUACAUUGACCUUUGAUAACGAAUUUUGUUUCAAGUCGAUACCGUAGUUAGUUUCACAGAAAAUUAUUAUAUACGGAAAAAUACUGGCUAGUAAUAAUGCAAACAUCCUCUAUACAAACUUAAAUUAAUUUUCAAUAAACAAUUAAUAAUCCAGUUUCAUCGCACACCAAUCGUACAAUAGGUUCAAUAGGAAUUGCUGAAACUCCUUUGGGCGCAUAGAGUUAAAAUAAAUUUCAAAAUAAACAUAGAAGACAGUAUAAAUAAUAAUAGUUGUUAUGUUCAUCAGAUGGAGGAUAAAGAGCCCUUUAAAAUGAGUGUUCAAUCAAAUCGAUGGCGUAAUUAGUUCUGGAGAUAUAAGGGUCUGAAGCGUUUGUUUACUUUUCAUUGUUGACAUCUGCGCGAGGUCAUUGACCGCUCGUGCCCGUAGUAAACAGUGCGUCAAUCGGUCACGACUUUCACGACUCACGUGCGACAGAGAGCUCCGAUGCAAAAAAAAUUACCCCUUCACAUAAAUUACGAUAUCUCCAAAACCAAAAAUCGGAUCGACAUAAACCAAAAACCGUUUUAAAGGGAAGGUCUUGCCACUUCUAACAGUCGCUCAAUUAUGGAAAAAACAGUAAUAGCUUCGGAACUGCAUGCGUGUAAAGUUUAGCUAUUUUUAAUACGCGUUGUUAGACAGUGGAAACUGAAGUUUCCUUCGUUUCAUCUUUGUUAUUUAUUUCCUAUUUACAUCGGAAGCUAACGAGAAUUUGAUACCAAAUUUUGUCCGGUUUUUUAUAAAAACAGUGUAAAUUGUUCAACCAGUCAGACGACCGAUUGUGGUAGGUAAGACUGAUUACAUAUUUUCCUCAGAAAACAAACAAUAAGAAUAAAAAUGAAUAUUGAAAAAUUCAUUAUACGUGUACUAUAAGAAAAGUCCGCAAGUUAAAUGGCGCGAAAAUACAUCAAUAACUCUUCUUACGAUCUUUGAGGGAUGAUUUACCCUCUAAAUAUGAAAUCGAACCAAAGUUUCAAAGCAGUUGGAGACGGAUACCUACAUAAACAACCUUCCUUGCAACCGAAGAACAAUGAACACGUGAUACGCGUUAUGCACUUUAAGAAUUUAAAAAUCCUUUUCUUUAAUGUACGUAGUAAUUACGAAUUCUAGUUCCCAUAUGUAAUUUGCUGCUAAAUGCGAUUGGAUUUUGUUUCUUCGAGCCUUCUCACGGCUCGUCGAAGUCGGUCCAAUAAAAUAUCGCUAGUAGUUGCGAAAAUAGAAUUGUACACAACGCCAGAUCCGGAUAACAUUGAUUGCUGUACAUACAAAAUAAUAUUUGUACACCCACGUCAUAACAAUGCUCACCGAUACAGUGUUUAAUAAAUCGCUUCGACGUUCUACUCACCGGUCUGUGUACCAUCUCGUGCAUGCCGCCACAUUUAUAUGUAUAGCACGUACACAUCUGUGUUUUGUCCGAAAUCGGUAUUGACUUAGGCGCGAUAACAGUUACGUUUCCCUGGCCGUCGAAUUAUGUCGAAAUCAAUUUUUCCGUUCUCGCGGAACAACGUGAAAAUAGACGCUGCUCCCGGAUAAGGUUCAUCCUGUUGAAAAAUACAGUUAAUGCGAACAAUUAUGAGGUGUUGAUGUUUUUAUCGCGAUCCUGCAAAACUUUGAGCGAAAAACAGCCAUUACAUGACGUAUCUUUUGGAGAGAGACUGUUGAACAACAGGAGGUGACGUGAAAUGGAAUUUAAUUUCUUUAUGAAAAACAAGACGAAAUAAAAGUCGCUAAUAUCCCACUCGAGUGGUUCCUGCGACUACAAACAACUGAUUAAAGGGGGGAAAAAAUAUAAAUAAAGUGAAAUUUUCUUUUGUCCGUCACUUCGUUUUAGAGAAACGUGAAUUUAUAAGUGUUUGGAGCAGCAGCCACAUGUUACGUGUAUGUGAUAAUAAUUCGAUUAGUACCUUAAAGACUUCGCCUUUUUGUUUGCUGGUAAUUUCCAUGUCCUCCAUUGAUUUCAACUUUUUAUUGUUCAAAAUUUAGUUUACAUAGUGAUGUCACAUUUGUCAGUACAAAACUUUUUUAUGAAAUCAUGACCACUUCGCAAAAUAAAUCAUUCUUGCGUUUAUUUGCAAAGCAAAAUUAUCCUGGGUCACGAAAGACCCCGAAUCUAUUAUUAGUUCAGGGUUAUGUUUAUUGCAAGGAUUGGGAAAGUCACAUCACUACCAAAUUUUUCUAUAGAACAAUGACACUUGCGUAAAAUAAAUCACUCUGUAUUUAUCAGUAAAGAAAAGUUAUCCUGGGUCAUGAAAGACCCCCAAUGUACUAUUUCAGGGUUACGUUUAUUCGAAAGAUUGUAAAAGUCACAUUUAUCAGUACCAAGCCAUUUUUAUAGAAUCAUGACAACUUCGUAAUAUGUAUCACUGUGUAUUUUUUUAUAAAGUAAAAUUAUCCUGGGUCACGAAAGACCCCAAAUAUAUUAUUUCAGAGUUACGUUUAGUACAAAGAAUGUGAAAGUCAUACGUAUCGUUACCAAAUUUAUUUAUAGAACGAUGAGAACUUCGUAAUAUAAAUCACUCUGUAUUUAUUUGUAAAAUAAAAUUAUCCUGGAUCGCGAAAGACCCCAUAUAUAUUGUUGCAGGGUUAUGUUUAUUACAAAGAUAUUGAAAAUCACAUUUAUCAGUACCAAGUCUUUUUAUAGAACGGUGACAAUUUCAUAAAAUAACUCAGCCUAUAUUUAUUUGUAUCGAAAAAUUAUCUUGGGUCACGAAAGACCCCCAAUGUAUUAUUUCAGUGUUUCGUUGGAAAAAUCGCGAAAGUCGUGCAGGUACUUAUGUAUAUUUGGUAUUCGUCUGCGUUUAGAGAUCGACAGGGCGAUACCUGAGGAAGACACAUUAAACGCGCUCGACGCGAAAAACGCUGGGGAUUUUCGCGCGCGAUUUGUGGCCGAGCCGAGCGCUGGGAUCCGGGGCAGGAAAAAAAGGGGGCGGCGAAUUGUAAUUCUGAUUUGCGAAUAUCGAGUGCUAAUAAGUUGAUUCGCGUUAAUCGCGGCCGGUUUUAAACCAGCGGCCGUAUAAUUCGGGAAAUCAUGACACAUUGGGGGGGCUUACGAUCGACUCGACCGCUUUUUGACCCGCCGCACGCCGCGUCGGGCGACGAAAUUUGUUGCGAUUUUGGUUUUUAUCGCGUUCGAUUCGCCGUCGAUCGCGACCGAUUCUGUUCACAUAACGUUAGAGGGGCUCGUCGAAAACGACGAGGGAAAAUUGCGCGAACAGGAAAAUCAGACAGUCCCCGCGCCAAAUCGAUCACAGUUUGCAACGGAUGUCAGGGAUUUUGGUGAAAUUGAAAUAUGAUGCAAUCCGCGUGCAAAUAAUAGGGGUUUAAGUCAUCGUUUUGCUGGUUUCGAAUUUUUUUAAGAAAUACAGGACGUUGAAUCUUGCGAUUUUGGCCAAUUCCAGCGAUAGCGAAUUUUAUAAAUGAUUGCAACUAAACUAAAUUUUAUAUCAAACUUAAUGGUUGUUUUUGCAAUCUUUUUUUCUGCAAAAUCUAAGUUGAGUGCUUUUAAGAAUUCUAUAAAAUACAAACGUAUUUCUUGAAAGUGGCUUAAGUCAUAUAUUUUCUGUUUUAAAAUAAUUCAAUUAGAAGAUACCCACUACAAAGGGUGUUCAUUCACCCCUGGGAAAAAUUAUAAUGGGAGAUUCUAGAGGCCAAAAUAGGACGAAAAUUAAGAAUACCAAUUUGUUGAUUGAGGCUUCGUUAAAAAAUUCUUAAUGUUUAAAGUUCUACUCGUACUGAAUUUUUUUUUCGAAAAUGGCAAGGAUUUGGGAUUUGACAUUUCAGCACCUAACCGAAUUUUUUUCUCGAAAGUGCGUAGG